UAUCGAGCAACUCUGUCGCUUUUAACGAAACGCUUUCCAUUCCGUCAGAAAUUCAAUUUUAUGUUUCUUUAGUUACAUUUUUAGUCCGAAAUCAAUGACGGAAGCUGAAAUGGCAUUUCAGCGACCGCUGAACGAACGCUCACCUAAUUCUCGUCGGAAAUUAUAUCGCUUGCGGCGCAGCUAUCGGCUGGCAAACUUGCACGUUGCCCAGGACACGGUACAUGUGAAUCCAUUUACACCAGACAGUCUCGUAGCGCACACCGAAUCUGAGGGGCCAGAAGAUGUCGCCAAUUCGAUGGGUGAAAUGUGCCAGACACAAACACCCAAACGCCUGGCCCUGGACCCGAGUCGCUUACAGUCAGAUUUCGCGCAGGUCCGAAUGAUUGGCUCGGGGGAGUUCGGUGUGGUUUUCCAUUGCGUCAAUCGGCUCGAUGGCUGCGCCUAUGCCAUCAAAAAGAGUAAAGUGCCAGUGAUAGGCAGCGCACACGAAAAAAGCGUCAUGAACGAGGUUUGGGCCCAUGCAGUGCUUGGCAAGCACGAUAACGUGGUGCGAUAUUAUUCCGCAUGGACGGAGGACUAUCAUUUGGUAAUACAGAGCGAGCUCUGCGAUGGCGGCAGCCUGCACGCCCGCAUCCAGGACCAUUGCUUGGGUGAAGCCGAGCUGAAGAUUGUCCUCUUGCAUGUGAUCGAGGGCUUGCGCUAUAUACACUCAAAUGAUUUAGCUCACAUGGAUCUGAAACCUGAGAACAUAUUCUGCAGCAUGAACCCAAACGCUCGUAAACUUGAAGAAGUUCAACCGCAACAAACCGAAGAGGACGAUGAGCUGAACAGUGUCUAUGGGGGAUUGCGCCCUUCGGAGAAUCUGGUGACAUACAAAAUCGGCGAUCUGGGACACGUGACGUCCGUGGUGGAUCCACGUGUAAAGGAGGGUGAUUGCCGCUAUUUGGCCAAAGAGAUACUCAAAGAUAACUACAUGAAUCUGUUCGCUGCGGAUAUAUUCUCACUGGGCAUCACCCUGUUUGAGGUAGCAGGCGGUGGGCCCUUGCCUAAGAAUGGCCCAUGGUGGCACAACCUGAGAGACGGCGAGGUUCCCCAUCUGCCCAAACUAAGCAAGGAAUUCAACGAGCUUAUAGCCCAGAUGAUGCAUCCAGAUCCGGACCAGAGGCCCACAUCACAGUCAAUAUUUACUCAUCCAUUUGUAAGCUCUAUUGUCUUCAAGAGCAAUCUGAAUAUCGGCCUGGAGCUGACAAUGGAAAAGCGUAAGAGCCAGCUACUAAUGAAUAAGCUGCGGAUUGCAAGGGAACAAAUAAAAGUACUCGAAGAAAAAGUUGCAGACAAAAGUCGUAACGGACAGACGCAGCCAUUACCAGCCAAAUCCAUAUUUGCGAAAUGGUUCAAGAAAUAGUUAAUUUAUUAAAUACACUGACUAAGACUGCGAAUUCCAGCAAAGGAUUGCGCUCAAAAAACCUUUAAAAACAAUUUCUGAUCUUUACGACCAAAUAUAAGAAGCAAGAGCUCAAAGAUGAUCUAAAUCUAAGCUAAACCAAUCAAUACAACACUCUUUAAUUUGUAUGCACACAAACAAAUAUUAAAUGAUUCCACUCUUUUGCUGUGCGCGCCUAAGCGAAAGCUGUCCGACAAGCAUACGGAGGCUUUAUAAGCACAAAGUUUAAAGCACAUCCAAGCUUUCAUCUGUCUACAGUCGAUACCAAGUAUCCAAGCUGAAUCUUGGAUCAUUUAAAAAAUGAUAAAGCCUUAAACUAGGCAACAACUCCCAAAUAACAUCAAGAAAGCUCGGCUAAAGCAAAAUAAAAGUGAAACCAUAUGGGCAUGAAUGAUGGCUACUUUUACAGAAGCUUUCUUCUUAUCCAGGCUCGCGGGUAGAACAUGCCUUUAAUAUCGCAAUUUAGUUGAAUUUUAAUUUCUUUGCGUGCGGACUGCUUAUACAGAAUAAUGUUCAAGUUUCUGUUCAUAUUUUUGCUAAGCAUUUUGGCAUUCAAGCUGAUCAGGGCUAAUCGAGAUCCACAUUUGUGCACUGUGCCCGUUGAGGUCACCUAUACUGAAGAGGUUGACACGCCACUGAGUGAAUUUGGAAAAUUCGAGGAGGCUUACAGGAAACUGGGUAUAAACGGAGGUCGAAAAAAUGUG